AUGGACGAGAUUUUGGUCCAUAUCGCCGCCCCAAGCACGGCCCACGACGACGCCCGCUAUCGGGCCCAAAUCGCCGCCAUAUUGGAUUUCCAAUGUGCCUCACGCUCUCAAGUCCAAUUCCACAUCAAUAAUUCCACUCCCUGUCUACCCGCUGAUCUCCAACACGAGCCCUCGCCAAUCCGGGAGGCGUCCCGGCCCGCCUUCUCCGAUCAUGAAUGUCCGGCUCCACGCGAGGUUCUAGGCGCAACCCACGACCAUGAACAUGGUCAUAGUACCCCCUUCGAAUCCUUCGUCAGCGUCAUCCCAGACUCGCAGGAGAUCGCCCAACUAGUCUCCUCACACUCUGCAGAACCGCAAGCCCCACUCACAUCCUCCCCAUCCCCCUAUCAUGCAAAUAAUGAACCCACUACGGUCCAACCCGCUGCACCAACAUGCAGCAGUAGGUCUGCAACUGCAAUUCCAGUCCCAGACUCCGCCGUAUCUCUCUAUCUACAUCUCCAUCUUCCCCUAGAAAUCCAUCCCCCAAGCCCUCCCAUCGCCACCGCCCCCUUCAAAACACACAUCACGCCCACGCUGUCCAUGCUCGCGGAGCGUCUGAAGCCCGCGCGGACAUACAAUCCAUCGCGGCAGGCGCGGAAGCUGGAUCCGCUAGAACGGGGGUAUUGGUUCGUGCGUUUCACUAUCGUGGACACGGACGCAGACACAGACAUAGACCUGCAAGACCGAGACCGAGACCCCGUCGCAAAUCCCGAUUCGGAUUCAGGUCCUUCCCUCUUCUGGCCAGCUCCACUCUUCCGUGCUUUUUGGUCUUUCCUUUCUGAGUUCGUAGGGAGGGACGGUCGUGCGGGUUGGGGCGUGUGGUGUAUACUUGAGAGGGAUGUGUUGCUUUCUGACCGGGUUACGCUGAAGGUGUAUGCUUGGGGUGAGGUUGCUAUGCAUGUUUACCUUCUUCUUUUCCUGGCUAGUGAGCGGCGGAUCAGGGGGAUGGGGGCUCAGUGGAGAGAUUACAGGGAGGAGGUCGUUGUGCAGAUGCCGUAG